AACAAAACACACGGGCUAGCAGAGAGCUGUAAUGAAACUGAACCAAAAAGCUCAACUUUCACCGAUUUUGCUAUGUGUAGCAUACAGAUUAGGCGGUGAAUUAGCUAACGGCACGGGAAACUAAUGUUGGUUAGCUAAAAAGCCCCUUUUACACGAUGAAUUUAAGAGGACUCUUUCAGGACUUCAACCCCAGUAAGUUCCUGAUUUACUCCUGCCUGCUGCUCUUCUCCGUGCUGUUGUCUUUGAGGCUGGAUGGAGUCAUCCAGUGGAGCUACUGGGCUGUGUUCACCCCGAUAUGGCUGUGGAAGCUGUUGGUCAUUAUUGGGGCCUCUGUGGGCACUGGAGUCUGGGCGCACAACCCCCAGUACAGGGCCGAAGGGGAGACGUGCGUGGAGUUCAAAGCCAUGCUGAUCGCAGUCGGCCUGCACGUUCUGUUGCUAAUGUUCGAGGUGUUAGUGUGCGACCGUGUGGCGAGAGGAAGCUACUUCUGGCUUCUCGUCUUCAUGCCUCUCUUCUUCGUGUCGCCCGUCUCUGUAGCAGCUUGCGUCUGGGGGUUUAGACACGACCGUUCCCUCGAGCUGGAGGUGUUGUGUUCAGUUAACAUUCUUCAGUUCAUCUUCAUCGCUCUGAGGCUGGACAGGAUCAUCAACUGGCCCUGGCUGGUGGUGUGUGUCCCGCUGUGGAUCCUGAUGUCCUUCCUUUGCCUUGUUGUCCUCUACUACAUCAUCUGGUCCGUCCUCUUCCUUCGCUCCAUCGACAUCAUCGCAGAGCAACGGCGAACUCACAUCACCAUGGCCAUCAGCUGGAUGACCAUCGUUGUGCCCCUCCUCACCUUUGAGAUCCUUCUGGUGCACAAGCUGGACGGCCACAACAACCUGAGCUAUGUGUGUGUGUUCGUGCCUCUCUGGCUGUCCCUGCUCACGCUCAUGGCCACCACGUUCGGCCAGAAGGGAGGGAACCACUGGUGGUUUGGCAUCCGUAAGGACUUCUGCCACUUCCUGUUGGAGCUCCUCCCCUUCCUGCGGGAAUACGGCAACGUGUCCUACGACCUCCAGCGCAGCGAGGACCCUGAGGCGGCCGAGGAUCUUCCCGUCCCCGAGCCGCCACCGAAGAUCGCCCCCAUGUUCCACAGGAAGACCGGCGUGGUGAUCACGCAGAGCCCUGGAAAGUUCUUCGUCCCGCCACCCAAACUCUGCAUCGACAUGCCCGACUAACGCGUGUCAGAGCUGAAGUGGCAGGGACCGAUGUGAAGUCAUGAAGCCAAAACAGCAGAGGGCGCCGUGUUCGGUUUUAUCUGCUGUCCUGAAAGAUUUGGUCCCCUCAUGUAAAACUCUGCAUCAGCGUGACUGGCUCGGGUGACACGUAAGCGGCGAUGGAUGAUUAGUGGAUCCAGAAUCCUUAGUUGGUUUCACGGCUGUCUUGAAGCGAACGCUCCCCCUGCCUCACUCUGGCACGGACUGAAUUUCGGAACCAAAAGAAAGGACCGCUUUGUUUUUCACCUGCGGGUGAAGCUUCACUGUGUUACUCACUCCUGUCCUGAUUUUAGCCGUUCUGGAGAUGGACGUUUUGGAGGAAGCGACUACCGAGGCGUCUCAGGCGAGGCGAAACAGAAGAGCCGGAUGUGCGUGGACUUGCAUACUUGACUCUGAAACAGCAGUAGAUCUUUAGGUUUGACGUGUGUCUGAAUCAGAGGUGACACUUGCUUUGUGAUGGGGACCACUGGAGAGACUCUUUAGCUUGAAUUUGGGAUCAGCGCACCCUCACCGCUCCUGCUCUCUCUUUCGACCAUGCAGGUGGAGAAAACGGAGGUGGAGGGUGGAAGGGUUCAGUUUUUUUCAGGUCUGUCUUAUGCUGGCUGCACACUCGAGGAUGAUCAGGCAGAUUUUGGGUUUGACUCGUCUGUCCGGGCAAUCACGGGGGGCUCGAGGCCGGUCUUAACGGAUUACCUGAUCACAUGUUCCUGUGAUGUGACGGGUUUACAGACUCAAGGUUACCGACUGGAUCUGAGUCUCCUGAUUUCAAAUCCUGUAGUGUGAAAGGAACAGCGAUGGAAUGGUGGGUAGAAACUUGGGAAGCGUCACCAGGAUGUUGUUGUUACUGCAAACUGCCGAUCCUCUCGGCUAUAAAAAACACAGCACACAUGUGCAACGAGCGGCUGACAACAGUCCACCACCAUGUUGUUUUUUUUUAAAGUCACGUUUGAUCACAUGACUUUCUGUGAGAUCCCAAGUCCCAGUGAAACACCUUGAAAUCGUUCAGGGUGAAGAGUUAACAUUUGAAAGUCCUCCAGUGUGCACCAGGCGUUAGUACAGGACAGUUCUCACAUGCCCAACGAAGAAGUUCUCUGUAAUGUCUGAAGUGAUGCCUUCCUAACGUGAUUCCUCUGUAAGAGAUGGGGGAAAGGUCCGCGAAUCUUCUGUGUAAAAUCGCGGCCAAAGCUAACUGGUCAUCUUCCAGAGUUGGUCUUUUAAGUUUCAUCGGACAGUGUUUCCUGCUAAGCUACGCGGAAGACAGCAGCACAAAGAGAAACAUACACCCUUGAUUUGCCUCACUCAGCAUCAGCUGAACUGAAACUGCGGAUGCUGGCGGCCAUCUCUUACAUUAGAGUCGCGCCAGGAAUGGAUCUCUCUCUGAAUACGGAGACUCUUUCAGUGUGUGUGUCAUGAAAGUAUUAUUUUUAAGACAGACCUAGAAAAAAAAACAAAAAAACAACCCUGAGCCUUUCCAGGAAAAAGAGAACAACAGAAAUGGCACUUUGUUAACCUGUCCGUUUUUUGUAUUCCUUUUUGUUUGUGUGUAAAUAACAGAAGUUGUCAAGUUAGGGACCAGAUGACCGAGUAUCUGCAAACAAUCACCCACUUCUGUUUUAAUUUAACUCGAGUCCCAACUUAGUUAAAUCACUUAUGGUUUGUUCUUAAUCUUACAGUAUGUGUCAAAUACCGUACCCCCCAUGUGAGACUCAAAACACCAAAUUAAAUGAAUUUUGGGGUAUAGGAAAAUUACAGUCCAGUGAAAUAUUGGAUAUUUAGGGGCCAUCAGCUUUGAUGUGUGUGAAACUUUUACACAUUGGCUUUAACAGGUUGAAACAAUGAAAGUUUUUUAUCCACAUCUGAUCGUUUAGAGAGUAAAACUCCUGAGAUCCCCUGUUUGUCUCUGCAUAUUGUCACAUUUACUCAGAAAAGCGAAAGUCAUGAUCCCAUCUUCUCUUUUACUUUGUUGGACAACCUGUUUGCUGGAGUUUCCAGCAGGCUGUGUGAACAUUUUUUCUACAUGUUGUCUUUUUUUUCCAUUAAAUUGGUCUGAUUUACUCCUUAAUGUCCCUUAAUGCUGCAAGUAGAGCAUCCUGAGUUCUGCUGAUUGCUGCAAUCACCAGACAUUGUCACUGUUUUGUCCUCAUAUUUAUUUUAGAAUUAAACCGAGAGAAAACU